AAAAAAAAGCAAAAAAAAAUUGACGAUAACGUUUCAAGAAAGGGCAGCCUUAUCAUCUACAAGCUAAGAGCUCACUCUUCAACGAAGCAGAGAAGAUGCUGAGCCUCUCCGUAACUUUUCCUCCCAAACCCAUUUCCCAACUCCCCAGAUCUUUCUUCAAUGGCGUCCAGUUUCGUCAACCGAACCCCAUUCGCCUCCCUUUCAUUAAAAUUCGCACUUCUUCUUCUUUAUCCGUAGUAAUGAUGGCUAAGAGAGAAGAAGAGCUGAAAGAAAUUAGAGCCAAAACCACUGAGGAAAUCAAUGAAGAGGUUGUUGAUUUAAAGGGUGAGCUUUUCAUGCUCCGCCUCCAGAAAUCGGCGCGAAAUGAGUUCAAGUCUAGUGAGUUUCGUCGUAUGCGAAAAAGGAUUGCUCGUAUGCUUACUGUUAAAAGGGAAAGAGAGAUCGAGGAAGGAAUUAAUAAGCGACUGUCAAGAAAGCUUGAUCAACAAUGGAAGAAAAGCAUUGUUGUUAGACCACCUCCAUCAUUGAAGAAGUUGCAAGAGGAAGAGGCAGCUGCAGAGGCUGAGAAAUCUGUAUGAGCCUACAUACUUAUCUGAUGCAGAUAAUAUACUUUAUUUAAGAAAAGGCUCUUUAGAUCAUUGCUCAUUUUCUGUUUCAGACCAUUUGUGUCUAAUGUGCUGUUGCUGGUAGGUUUCUACAUCUUUUUCCUUUUAUAAAUUUUUUUAUCUUUCUCCCCAGCAACAAGCUUGAGAAUGAUUGUUCUAUCCACAUUUCACUUAUUUAGCAAUUACCUCUCCUAAUUACAA